AUGUCGCUGAUAAUUCCGGAGAAAUUUCAACACAUCCAUCGUGUGAUGAAUACCAAUAUCGAUGGCAAUCGAAAAGGUGUGGGACGACGCUUUGCAUUUGUUGUGUGCCGAAAAGCAGAUAUUGAUGUAAAUCGACGGGCCGGCGAACUCUCCGAAGAGGACCUGGAGAAGCUGCAACAAGUGAUGCAGAAUCCUAGCCAGUACAAAAUUCCCAAUUGGUUCUUGAACAGACAAAAAGAUAUUAAAGACGGGAAGUACUCGCAGAUGCUUUCCACCUCACUCGACAAUAAACUACGUGAAGAUUUGGAACGGUUGAAGAAAAUCCGCUUGCACAGAGGACUUCGUCACUACUGGGGUCUGCGAGUGCGUGGCCAGCACACGAAGACCACUGGCCGCAAGGGACGCACUGUUGGUGUAUCGAAGAAGAAGGGCGGUUAA